UAUAAAUGAGCGACAAAGAAAGACUGAUCACGUCUAAAGAUAAGGAUUCCGACGUUGGUAUCAACAAGUACUACUCAAAGCUCAGCUCAGAUGAAGUUGGGGAGGUCAAAAAGGAAGCAAGUUUCAGGGAUACCUUCUGGAGAUGGGUAGCACUCUUCUUUGCAUGCUUCUUCCUUCUUGGAAGCUACUUUUGAUAUGAUAACCCUAAUGCAUUGAGUGACAUGCUGCAAAAAUAUGUAUCUGUAGGAGAUGUAAAGUACAAUUUGCUUUACUCUGUGUAUUCAUAUCCCAAUGUGAUCUUACCUUUGAUCGGUGGAGUCCUCAUUGACAAGAUUGGAAUCAAUUUCUCUAUUGUUCUCUUCUCUAUUUUAUUGGUAGCAGGGCAAGGAGUCUUCGCAAUUGCAGGAUUUGUUGGGGAGUCUGGGGAAGAUCAUGUUUCAACAGCUUUCAUUAUCGCAAUUAUUGGACGUGUUGUAUUCGGACUUGGGGGAGAAUCACUCAAUGUGUGUCAAAGUACAGUUGUCAGUAGGUGGUUCAAGGGAAAAGAACUGUCUCUUGCCCUUGGUAUCAACAUUAGCGUGUCAAGGCUCGGGUCUGUCUUCAAUAACUACACAAUGCCUCCUUUAGCAGAUGCAACUAGUCUAGGAUGGGCAUUAACAUUUGGAUUUAUUUUGUGAAUUGUAUCCUUUGCCUGUGGUAUUGUACUCACAUUCUUUGAACGACACGCUAAUAAGGUAGACAAGAAAAGUGGGGCUCUAAACGAAGACGAGAAGGAAGAAUUUCACUGGAGAGAUAUCAAAGAAUUCACUUUACCAUUUUGGUUGAUUUCCGCUAAUUGAGUUUUCACAUAUAUUGGCAUUUUCUGAUUCAAUAAUAUCUCAAAUGAUUUCUUUGUAGCAAGAUAUGGAAUUGAGCAAAAGAGUGCUGCAAGAAUUACUAGUAUUGUAUUCUUUAUUCCUGCUUUCUUGGCUCCUGCAUUUGGUAUUGUCACAGAUAGGAUAGGACAUAAGGUUACUUUAUGAAUUAUCGCGACAUCCACAUUGACCUUGUGUCACGCACUGUUUUUCCUUAUUCCUGCAUCAAAUGAUCAGAAUAUUAGUUACUGGGGUAUAGCUCCAGUUGUCCUAUUGGGUGUAACCUACAGUAUCUAUGUGUCAGCAUUAUGGCCAAUGGUGCCUAUGGUAGUCGAAGCAAGAGUGCUUGGAUCAGCAUACGGACUGUGCACAGCUCUUCAAAAUAUUGGUCUUGCGAUCGGACCUACCAUUGUAGGAGCUCUCACUUUCAAGAAAUCAACAGACGAUGAGCAAACAAGUGGUAUAAACAACAAUGCUUUCAACUAUGUCAGCAUUGCUCUGGGCGGGUUUGCUCUACUAGGAGUUCUCUCUUCUAUUGCCUUGUUAAUAGCAGACAGGAUCCAACUCAACGGUAAACUUCAGAAACCAGACAAUGAUGGAGAGAAUGAAGAAGAAAAUGGACACAACCAAGAAAACGAGGAUCAUGUAGAAGACAUGGAUAGUCAUAGCCAUGGACAAAAUAGUGAAUCAUAUAAAGCUCAUGUUAAGAGAAGUAUAGCAAGAUCUUCAAUGGCUAGAUAA